AUGCAGGAAAUAAGUCGAACGUUAUCAUAUUUGAAUAAUAAUAAUGACUCAACUAUUAACAUCCCUCCGUCAAUUGACGUGAGUUCCAGACUACAAAAAAAUAAAUCUUCCAAUAAUUUAAUCGCAAAUUUUAUUCCACGAGCAAUUUUUUUAUUUAGUGUUGCGUUUAUAUCAUUAUACAUUAUAAUACUAUUAGUACAAAGCAUACCAAAUUUAUCUUUGCCUACAUCCAUAGAAGGUGUAAAACUCCAAGCUAUGAUAUUAGAACAUUAUUCUGGUGAAACUUGGCAAGGUGCUUUAUACGGACCAUUGCUAGCUACUUUGAUGACUUCCUUAUUGGCAGCCAUAGGAGCUUCUUGCGCAUACCUGAUAAGUAAAUUUCUUGGUCAGCCUAUAAUGGAUCAAUAUUUAUCCGAUAAAUUGAAUUAUCUAAGGAAGCAAGUCAAUGAUAAUAGGGAUGGUUUAUUUUUUUAUUUGUUAUUCAUAAGAAUGUUUCCUCUAUCUCCAUGGUGGCUGCUUAAUUUGGCUUCGCCGUUAUUAUAUAUACCGCUCGGAACAUUUUUUACAUCAAUGUUUUUUGGUUCCAUAUCAUAUAAUUUGGCUUGUUGUCAAGCUGGUGAAAUUUUAUCGGAAUUGUCUUCAACUAAUGAUAUUUGGCAACCUUUACUUCUCUUUAAAAUGAUUUUGGUUUCUUUAAUAAGUUUAUUUCCUCCUUUAUACACAAGAAGAUAUAAAAGAUUACAAAACAAUAGUAAACCCACAAACGAUCCCUCUGCCGAAUUCUUGAUCAAUAAAACCGAACAAGAAGUUGUUUAG